AUGGACAGCUCUGACUCUUCUAGUUCAUCUGAUGGUGCCCCAUGUGGCGAAGUACCAGUGGGGCCCUACGAUCUUUCUAAAGCCAUUGCCACGGACUCUGGAGUCAUGGACCUUUUAUCAGAGGAUGCUCGCUACUUCUUCAAGUUCAGUCUUCAUGGCCCCCGUCCUGUGAUGUUUUAUCAAUAUAAAUAUCCUCUCCGACUAACUAGCUCCGUCCGUCUAGAGGACCUGCGCUCAUCUUUGAAUAGAUUCAUCAUGAGAAAGAGCAAGGAGGAGGCCCGAAUUACCUUCUAUAACGGCGAAGCACGGCGUCAAGUGCAGCAGGCCGCAGCCAAUAUGGACGCGGAAACAGACUAUCGACUGACGCUUCGCAAACACGUCGACCUGUAUGGAAUGGAGUCUGCCGCUGCGGAACUUGGUAACUUCAUGCUUACAACUGCCCAGCGCGUUGACCGCGAAGUACGGAUGCAUGACUAUAUCUGCACUUCCAUUUCUGACCAAGAAACCCUUUCUAUGCUGCGCUUUACAAAGCGCUCUGUGCAUGAGCUGAGCUAUGCAGCGCUCCUUCGAAUGAAUCUAUCAGUAGAGUGCGACACCUUUCUUCUUGAUAAGCUCUUAGCUUCUAUUGCUCUGGAAGCAGCUGGAACAGGGGACAGUGGAACCACUGGCUUCUUCUCCCUUGAAUCAACCAUUAAAGCGCCAUUUCUAAGACCAAAAUUCGUUGAUUCUGAAACCAACUGUCCUUUUGCAGAUAACCCUGUCGGUACUGAUGUCGACCCGGUAUCACUCAAAGAACCGGGUUCCACUGAGCCUACCAAGCAGGAUGCACCUUCACACAAAGAUUGCAGUCCCGAAACCCAGCCUGUUGCUGGUUCGAUACAGGAAAAAGAACCCUCCGAAGCGGCUGCGCUCCAGGAGUCAGAUCAUAUGUCAUUUCAGCUCUUCACAGAAUGCAUCGAGAAGCUCCUUGACUCUGUUGGGUCAGGUCCUCUUCUUUCAGAUCUUGCUUCCUACUACGACAUCCUCAGCAUGUAUUCAGUGACUGAAGCAUCUACCGACUCCACUGUGCAAUCAAACAUCAAGACACUCAAGUCGGUGAAAAACGUUGUAGACAAAGAGGACGAUCUAAAUUGCGGCGCCAGCAUGCCUUCAGGCUCAUCUGAUUCGGUGGAGAUUCAUCCGAUGUCAACUUUGUUGUCUAGGUAUGAGAAGUACAGGACAUGCCCGAAUCUAUACAGUUCGGAGUUAUCUGUUUUGUUCUGUUCAUCAUUCUAUCAUGAAAUUUCAACCUGCCCUCUGGUCGAUUUCGCGGCAAUUAUUGGGAAGCUCACUGUGAAAUCAGCCGCCAGUACAAGGAGGCCGAGUGCCACAAUUGCGCCGAAGGUGACGACCCGCGGAAGCUCGCCUUCAGCAACAAAGCGAUCGCCGUCCAGUACGGCCUCCUCUAAGAAGGCUCCGCAAACUCCCGUUAUGCACACUCCUGCUGCGGUACUAAAGGACCCGAGCAUUGAUGCUGCCGCCAUGCUAGACGAGGGAUAUCUAGAUUAUAACCAGGUUCUUAACGUGUUCAAACAUAUCUAUCACUUUUAUCAAUACUGCGUGGACCCUUCCAGAGAUGUGAAGCUUUUGCGCUGCGCUGUAAUGGAUCCAACCUUUUCACUUUCCGAGUAUGUAAGAUCUCUUGCUUCUAAUGGGCAAAAUGCUCUUUCGCAAGUUUCUAUUGCAAAUGCAGCGUUCUUCCUUGAGUUUUCCUCACUACUAUCUAAGGGCUCUCUAGAUAAUGUUGAUCUCCUUACAGACCUUUUUCACUCCGAACAAGCAAAUCCAACGUUGUCUUCACCACUUUCUGUAAAGCAAAAAGGGUCUGCAGAAAGGCCUAGAUCUAAGGCUGUCACGCCACCAGGGUCGCGCGUAGAAUUAGAGGAAUACUCUAAUGGUACCUCAUCAUUCUUAGAUUUGCUAAACAUAGACUUUGUUUCUGUAGGCGACCUAAUUAAUUACUUCCGCUUUCUACGUACAUUUGUAGAUGACAGCUAUGAAGUACGGGCACGCCAGUCGCUUCUAAAGGAGAUACAGGACCUGGUACUUCUAGAGCUGUGGAAGUCUGACAAUGACACAAUGUCCAUACGGAACUAUCUUAUUAACAAGAACAGCGUUCCAUAUGCUGCCUUGACAGACUGCUCAUUGGCUCGGCAAAUUAAACCACCAGCUGUGUCACAAGACGACAACUAUUUUACGCUAUUACUAGCUAAUUUGAACAACGAUGCAUAUAUAAGGAUGCUUAUUGACAAGAUUGAUCUGGUCUUUGUCACUGGCGACCCGGUGUCCGGGAAGACCCUCGUCACGGCAGAGCUCUCAAGACGCCUGUCUGGAGAGCGAAAAAUCCCUACCGGUAUAGUGGACGCCUGCACUAUCUACCGCUCGCUCUAUGAGGAGCUUAUGCGUAUCCUCGACGAUCGAAGCUCUAAGUACGAGUCACAUAAGGAUAUCUCCUCCCGAAGUGUAUACUUAGAGGAUGAGCUGAUGAGCGACCUCCUUACCCUUCAUAAUAACUUGCUCUAUACACAAUUGACCGGCGCCCAACCGGGGGCACGAUUCUAUCCACAUCCUCUCCAUAACCCUAAGAGCCUUAGCGAUGGUCUGAUAUUAAACAGUAACAGCAUGGCCAAUUGUGCCAGUGUUCCUGAUCUACAUGAUCACUCCUCCGAUAGUCCUAUCCAGUCCCUUCAUCAACGGGCUCCAGGAAGAAGCACUCUCCGCGAUGAGUUGCCCAUUGACACAGACACUCUUUCCUCACAAAAUGUUAGCCGUGCAGUAACGCAGGAUGCUGCGGCUCAUGAUGUGAGAGGCAGCAAUUCUGCACAUGCUGCCAUUCGGCACAACAUCUCGUCUGGGGGCAACAUCUUUGUACCAAAUGAACUGUGCCGUGACGGGUCUCUCUUUUCGCAAAAUGAGGGAGAGAUUACUGACGAGCCUUCGGAUAGCCACCAACAAACCAUACGCUUCAGCAUCCCCUCUGACGUUCAAGCCAUACUCCGCACACCAGAGCAAUAUAUGAUGUUAUACCGUGCCAUUCAGAGAAGGGUGCGGAAGAGUCUCUUGUCUAGGACACAUCCUAGUGAGCUUUCUCUUGCUACUACGGACUCUUCUGCAGGAGCUGACGACCAGUCUAGUGAGCUUCAAGAAAUAGAAAGAGUCGACAAUGGAGUCGAUGAUCUGGCUAGCGUAGUUGAAUCUAUUCUUUCCGGUAAGGACUAUUAUGCUUCAGAUAAGCUAACGGUUGAUGUGACAGAUGUGGAUCAGAUCAAUAGAUUUGUUGCUCGCUCCAUGCUGGUUCAGGCUAUUACACAAAGCUUGCUAAGUAAUUAUACAUGCCUGAUCUUUGACGGCUUUCCCAACUCAGUUUGUGACAGCGAUAUUAUCGAGGACUUACUAAACGGAUGCCUAACAAGGGACUCUUUACAGAGGCUUUUGAAUGGGUAUGCGUCUCAUGUUACAGCUAGUUCUGACCAGAACGUUGAUGUUACCCCAGCCUUGCAUGCAGCAUCGAGCCUGACUGAGUCUUUAACGCCUGUGUUUAUAAAACGCUCUGGCAUAACGUCAUUAAUUUAUCUUCACGAUGAUAACUUUGAGGCUAUUUGUCGAAGGUUGUAUGGUAGGCUAUUUAUUUCAAGUCACCCGGUAGAGUGUGAUGACUUAUUCGAUGCCUACCUGACCAGCCAUCACAUGGACCAUGGGGACCCGUACAAUACAGAAUUAUCAGUUAACGAGGUACAGUGGCCAUCAAAAGACCUUGGGCUCUGUAGAACAUCCACAUGUAUCAACGAACACGAGGAGAGUAUGACAGACGAUGCAGACAAUCCCAAAAAACAAUAUUUAACCAUUGACACUCAAGCUGUAGGUCGUUCACAUCAACGGAAAGAUCGUUCAACGUCUUCUGGAAGUGACUUUUCACCAGAUACUUCCAUGGACUACUCUUCUAAUGAGGACGAGUCCACUGAUCCUGAUUGUGAGCGUGUACGAAAGGAAUUCCCGAUUGGUUCCGAAGCAUCUAGCCCUCAGCACUCUGGUACUCAUACCCAUACCUCUCCUAACUGUGCUGCCGCGACUGCUAUCCGUAGCACGCGGACCUCAAAGAGCAUUCUCUACAAUAGUCGGCGACUUAAUCUAUCGGCUGAUAACCUUGCUGUGUAUAGUGCCGGGCUCAAAGUACCUGCACAUGAAGUCCGUGACAUAGGAUUUAUGAACUCGGCCACUCUUGAUGUUCUCAAUACGGACCCUGUGAAGGAUUCGGUCCUCUUCGGGGAUGAUUACACACGGGCUCCUGUAGAAAUACCUCUUAAACCAGUAGCACAGUGGGCAGAUCUUCCGACAAGAAAUGUAUCCAAGGCAAAUCUCAGUCUCUUAAGCGUUUACACAACGACGUCCCUUGGCUUUGCUCCUUGGGCAGACGAGAAGGGCGAUGAGCAUUUUUCAGUAGAUGAUACCUUCAUCAAGAGCUAUCCUAUUGUCGAUCCACAAGCGUACGACGCAUUCUGCAGAGCCGUUGCGCAGAAUGCUGUUCGCCUAAGUACAGGCUGUCCGCACAAAGUAAGAGGCACUGACUCUCCCUUAAGUGACGAGAGAAAGCUUAAGCCCUCUAUAGCGGAGGUGUUCUUCUCCUAUCGCUUUUUUGAUGUCUAUGGAGAGUCUUUGACUGAUCCUCCACAGUAUGCGACACCACACAAGCACGAAGUGGUGAGGAACCUUGUCCAGCUCAAUUACGAGAACAGACUACUGGUCAAUAGAGUGGAUAUAGAAUUAGCUUCUUACAAGCAAAAACGGGACACCCUACUUGCCUGGAUGCAGCAUGUAUAUGGAGACCUGCAGCCCCGUGUCUCUCUUCCGCCAUGCAUCCAAGCAGAUGCACUGUUUCGGCGCUCAAGGCACAGAUCUGAUGGAAUCGAGAUUUGCUUCACUGACGAUGUGGAUCACGAAGAAGCCCUAGUUCCCUCUGUUCUCUGUGUCUGUAAUGUUGGCCCGCUAUUUGACAAGGCGCUAGCAGCCUUUUCUGACGGUCAGUCUGGUAGUGUGUUUGCAGAGGAACUAGCUGAAGUUGGCAAUAGAGUUUAUCACCAUGUACUUCACGCAAUAGAGCACCGCAAACAGAGUGUCUCUAGUGCGUCCUAUGAAUUGCAAGCCAUGCUACCGCAUGCACAAGGGUCUAAGGCUUUUACUGCUCAAAAGUGCGUCGAGAAGUCUAGUUUUGCAACCGAGUUUCUAAAAAUGUAUCAAAAGGAGCUAGGAGUGCAGACUCCCAGCACAGAAUACUUGGACCACCCGAUUCCAGAGCCACCGCUUGAUGCCACCGACCUAAAGAAGGCUAAACCUGUUCCCGCAAAAACACAGGGCAACAAGGCCAAAACUACGCCUUCUGAUGCUGCCUAUGUUGCGCUAAAUCCCCUGACCACAUUCAAUCUUCCACAAAGCUUUUUCUCUGGCACACUUUCUAAUGCACUACAAGAUAUAACAAGAGGAUACAAACAGCGACAGGUCUUUAUGGAGCAAUCCGUUUAUAAGCUUACAAUAUCUCAAUCUGCGAUGACAGACAUAUUGACUCACGAGGCUGCUGGACAAACAGAUCUACUCACCAACUUCUAUGAUGUUUCGCUGGAGCGUACCCAAGCUAUCUUCAUUGAAUUUCUCAAUUUUUACAAAAGCAUUGAUCGAGAAGCACGGAGUCAGCCAAAUAUUAAGGCAGACGCCCUUUUGCUCAUAGACAAGUGUCUUGCACAAUGCAACGAUGAGGUCUUCAAGACCAAGACUCGAUCGAACGUAUUGAUUAAUGGACUAACCACACGGUACCUCCGGCUUUCUGCUAAAAUGUCUCUUGACGUCCUUUCCUUUGGUGACUAUAAUGAAGUCGUUUCCAAGCAUCUCCCACUGACGACAAAAGACAGAGAAGCUGGCAUUGCGCUGGGGAUUCUGUUGUUUCAAUAUGUUUCCUCUCUGUACGAUAUAAUGUGGAACGACAUUGCCUAUGUUUCCCUUGUCCUGUUCACGUUGCACGAGGUAUCCUUGUCUGCAUAUGAUGCGUCAACUAACAUGCUCUAUGAUCUUUUAGCUGCACUUUCCGUAGACUCGGAGCAACAAGCCCUUGCGGAGGCAUAUAACAAACAGCUGGAGCCGCUCUUGAAUGGACGGCAGGUUACUUCCGCAAUGGUUGGACAACAGCUCUCUCAAUUGAAGACUUUCGGACGAGUAGCUCCACCUGUGUUAAUCGUCAGUACAAGCUGUCUUCAGGAGCACGUGCAGCAAAAGAAUCAGAAGCCACACGAAGGCUAUGCCGCUGCCUUAGAGCCUCUCUAUGCACUAGCGAAGAGCUUAGCCGGACCUUCUGACGAGCAUAAGGCGCUGCUAUUGAAGAUGAAGGAGAAGGCUGUCACGAGCCUGGGACAGGAUCCCGCCUUGACAGUCGAAGAGUAUGCGCACUAUAACUAUCAAGCUAGUAAGGAUGCUAUAGAUCAACUAAAUGAUUUGGUGCAUAAUGGAAUGCUCAUUUCCCAAGGUGCAGGCGCUACCGUGACACGGGCUUGUUUGCAUCCGGUGUAUAACAAGCUUGUUAUGCGUUUAUCUGGUAAGUUAGGAAACAAGUUAUCGUUUGCUAAGCAGCAAGUACAGACCUAUAUUGCAAUGUGUACCGACGGUCUCUCCAAUACUUUACUAAAGGUAGGGGAUAUGAUCGACAGUCUCUAUGCGUCAACCCUUUCUGUUACUGCAAGUACGGCCCGGGCCAUGCAAACCGUUGUUGAUAAGGAGCUAGAUAUAUUGGGCCUUCAUGUUGACAUGGCAGCAAAGCGCAUCAACCUUGAAGUCAACGAGUAA